GCUGGGGACCAUGAGGACUCACUGCCUUCUGCUGAUGGUGUUCUGCUUCCUUGACUUCCACAUUGCCCCAGGUGCUGGCCUCCUAGCGGGCUUCAACGCCAGAGCUGAUCUAGGAGGCAUCCCUGACACCGACAAGUGCAUCAAUGAUGGAGGAAGUUGUGUCUACUACAACUGCCCCAUCUAUUCCAAGAUCAUUGGCUCCUGUUACGAUGGGGAAGCCAAGUGCUGCGUCUGAGCCUAGAGUGAUUUGGAGGGAAAAUGCGGAAGCCUAGUGAAGGAUUUUUAAUCAUUGUUUUAAUAAAGA